AUGAUCACCAAGUACUUCACCAAGAUUAUUGUGAAAUUCGAUCCUUUUGGAUCAGAGGCAAGAACUGCUAGAACUAUGCUUUCCCUUAUACCGCCGAAGCUCCGUUCGACGUGUGAUGUGAACUUGGAGGUGCUAACAAAAUCAUCCAAGAAUAAACCACUCAUUGAGGUUACUUUUAAGGAUAAAACGAUAAUGAAAGGAGAUCCUAAGAAGAUGGGAAUGGAUGACUUCACGCAUCUUUUUGAUAGGCAUUCCAGGGCACUACAGUUUAAGGAAGAGAUUUCCCAAUAA